CAACCACAAAGAGUUGUGGGUUAUCUUGCAGCCUACAAAAGCGGCUCUGGACCUUCCCUCCUCAUAUCUAAGCUUAAAAAAGCUUAGGAUGAGCUCACACUGCCUGCUCUUUUCUUCCAGCUUCCCGACUUCCACCGCCCAUCUUCAAUACCUGGAGAACCAGAUAAGAACAAAGAGCCGAAAAGUCCGGCAACCUGUGCAAAAAGCCCACAAUGAACUCUCGAUCACUAUGGUUCAAGAUCUGCAGUACCAUUCAGAGCUCCUCCAUAACGCUCAGAUUCAGUUUGAGUCCAACAAGGAGGUGCUCAAUGGGCUGCGGUCAUUGAUUACUAGCCAUUCCAAUGACAUUGAGAGUUUGGAUCAGUUGGCGACGAAACACCAGCUAAUGUCAUGCGUGUCCCAAAUAGAGAUAAAUCUGAAAUGGGUCAACAGUAUGUUACAGCUGAUCCAGCAAAUAUCCAACCUGAUGACAAUGCUUUCUUAUGUGCGACAAAUACAAGCCACGUCAGAAAACACUAGCAGAUUGACUUGCCUCACAGAAGCAAGCAGAAAGGACCAAGACACCAUGCUAAAUAUUGCAAUGUCUGCGAAGAAAGACUCGGAGUUGAUGAAGGUCAUUGCUAUCGCUAGUCUUAUCACCUUGCCAACUAUUCUCACAACUGUUGUUCCCCCCCUCCCCAUCAAAACAAGGAUACUAACACUAUUAGGGCCUGUUUAG